AUGGCGAUGGCGAUGGCGAUGGCGGUGGCGGCGGGCGUGGUGGCAGCGCUGUGCGCGGCAAUCGCAGUGGACAAGGAGCGAUUGGGAGAGUGCGAGAGCGAGGAAGACUCGGGCGUGGAAUGCAGAGAGGAGGGAAACGCGAAUUCUGGCGAAGAGUCAACUCGACGCCUCCCCGGUGUAGCGGUCCUUUUCCUGUCGACGGUGAUUGGCCGCGCAAGUGUGGGGAAGCGCUGGGUGCGAUGUCGGAGAGUGAGGGCGGACGGACCCACCGCCCACGGCGCCCAGCUUAAGUCCGCCCAGCGUCAGCGUGAGCGUGCGCCUGCCAUGGACGAUGCGCCCAAGACGAUGAGCCUCACCCCCCAGCGCGCCAACACCCAUGGCCGCUCGCCCAGCGGACGCGUCGCCCUGACGCGCCGCAUGACAAAGGGCCCGCUCGACGCCGACGCCGACGACCCCCUUGGCCUCGAUGCGCCCGCCAGCUCCCACGCCAGCUCCCACGCCAGCUCCCACGCCAGCUCCCCCUCGCGCCUCCUCUCGCCCUCCCGCUCGCCCAUGCUCCUCUCCCCGCCGCCAGACGCCAGCGCCGCCACCAGCAGCACACAGGACACCCUCGCGCUCGACCUCUCCUUCCUCCAGGACCCCGCCGCCUACCACGUCCUGCCCACCACCGCCCCGCGGCCCUUCCAGCACGCCGCAAACGUCCCCUCGGCCGCCGCCCCCAUCUCGUCCCUGCUCCUGUCCGGCCACUACCGCCUCGCUGCUGCCGCUGCUGCCCGCAACAUUGUCUCUGCCGCCCCAACCGACUACCCCACGCUCUUCCACCUGGUCCACAUCCGUCUGGCCUGUCUGUGCCUGGUCAGCGAGCAUGUUCUGGCCGCGCAGGAAGCAAAGGUCCUCGGCGACCUGAACAGCGCCUUCUACCGCCAUCCCCUGACCGACGCCCACCUCGUCCCCUGGGACCUGCGCCUGCUGGUCGUGCGCCUGGCCGCCCUGGGCUACGGUGAGUGGCGCAAGGGCAUCAUGGGCUACUACGAGCUGGCCCGCGAGUGUCGUGAGAGCAGCCUCCGCGCCACCGAAGCCUCGGAGAAGGCCCUGUGGACGACGCGGCUGAGAGACUGCGGCAUCAGGGUCGCCAACACGCUCGUCGACAUGGGCGACCUCGAGGGCGCGGCGCGACAUCUGGCCACGCUGUCCAGGAACGACGCAGUCGCAGGCGCAGGCUCCGCCGAGGCACGCGAGGUCCUGCUCAUGGAGACGCUGGUCCGCCUGCGCGUUGGCGAUCUAGCCAGCGCACGACGCUGCCUCACCCACGCCUCUGCCACGCAAAGCGACGCGCUCACAGACGGCACUCUCGCCGCCCUGCUCCAGCUCGCCGACGCCGACUACGACGCCGCCGCCUCGUCCUUCGGCGCCCUGCACGAGCAGUUCCCCGCAGACCCCAUGGUCGCCCAGAACCUAGCCGUGUGUCUGCUCUACACGGGCCGCAUCCCCGACGCCAAAGCCGUGCUCGCCUCCCUCGUCGACACCUCCCCGCCCUUCCACGCCCUGCUCUUCAACCUGAGCACCGUCUUCGAACUGUGCACAGAGCGCAACCGAGACCACAAGGCCGCCGUCGCUGAGAAGCUGGCUGCUCGCAAGGACGGCGCCGGCGUGGGCUGGGAGAGAAGCGCGGUCGAAUUCAAGUUGUAG